UGCCAUGCAAAACGAGGGAGCUUUAUGAAGGAAUCCGUCUUGUAAAGCCAUUGGUCCUGGUCAUCAGCCUCUACCCAAUGCUUUCGUGAUGCUGCCGCUGAUCUAUUUGGGAAGUUGGCUGGCUGGCGAGGCAGAGCCUCUCCUCAAAGCCUGGCUCCCACGGAAAAUAUGCUCAGUGCAGCCUCGUGCAUGAAUGAAAACGCCGCCGGGCUCUUCUAGUCGGGCAAAAUGCAGCCGAGAACUCCGCUUGCCUUGUGUAUUCUCCUGUCCCAGGUGCUGCUGCUAACAUCUGCAGAAGAUUUGGACUGCACUCCUGGAUUUCAGCAGAAACUGUUCCACAUCGAUCAGCCAGUGGAAUUCAUCGAGGACCAGGCGAUUCUGAACUUGAACUUCAGUGACUGUAAGGGAAAUGACAAGCUACACUACGAGGUCUCAAGCCCAUACUUCAAGGUGAACAAUGAAGGUAGCUUAGUCGCCCUGAGGAACAUAACUGCGGUGGGCAAGACUCUUUUCGUCCAUGCCCGGACUCCCCAUGCGGAAGACAUGGCAGAACUCGUGAUUGUCGGGGGGAAAGACAUCCAGGGCUCCUUGCAGGAUAUAUUUAAAUUUGCAAGAACGUCUCCUGUCCCAAGACAAAAGAGGUCCAUUGUGGUAUCUCCCAUUUUAAUUCCAGAGAAUCAGAGACAACCUUUCCCAAGAGAUGUUGGCAAGGUAGUCGAUAGUGACAGACCAGAAGGGUCCAAGUUCCGGCUCACUGGAAAGGGAGUGGAUCAAGAGCCUAAAGGGAUUUUCAGAAUCAAUGAGAACACGGGCAGUGUCUCCGUGACACGGACCUUGGACAGAGAAGCGAUUGCUACUUAUCAGCUGUUUGUGGAGACCAUUGAUGUUAACGGCAGAACUCUUGAGGGGCCAGUCCCUCUGGAAGUCAUUGUGAUUGAUCAGAACGACAAUAGACCAAGCUUUCGAGAGGGCCCCUAUGUUGGCCAUGUCAUGGAAGGAUCGCCUACAGGGACCACGGUGAUGCGGAUGACAGCCUUCGACGCGGACGACCCGGCCACAGAUAACGCCCUCCUGCGGUAUAAUAUCCGCCAGCAGACGCCUGACAAGCCGUCUCCCAACAUGUUCUACAUCGAUCCUGAAAAAGGAGACAUCGUCACCGUGGUGUCACCGGCACUGCUGGACCGGGAGACUAUGGAAAAUCCCAAGUAUGAGUUGAUCAUCGAGGCUCAAGAUAUGGUUGGACAGCUUUAUGGAUUACUAGGCACAGCCACAGCGACAAUCCUGAUUGAUGACAAAAAUGACCACUCACCAGAAUUCACCAAGAAAGAGUUUCAAGCCACAGUUGAGGAAGGAGCCGUGGGAGUUAUUGUCAACUUGACGGUUGAAGACAAGGAUGACCCCACCACAGGCGCGUGGCGGGCUGCCUACACCAUCAUCAAUGGAAACCCUGGCCAGAGCUUCGAAAUCCACACCAACCCCCAGAACAACGAGGGGAUGCUUUCCGUCGUCAAGCCUCUGGACUAUGAGAUUUCGGCCUUUCACACCCUGCUGAUCAAAGUGGAAAACGAGGACCCGCUGGUACCCGACGUGUCCUACGGCCCCAGCUCCACAGCCACCGUCCACAUUACUGUCCUGGAUGUCAACGAGGGCCCGGUUUUCUACCCCGACCCCAUGAUGGUGACCAGGCAGGAGAACAUCUCCGUGGGCAGCGUGCUGCUGACAGUGAACGCCACGGACCCUGAUUCCCUGCAGCAUCAAACCAUCAGGUAUUCUGUCUACAAGGAUCCAGCAGGCUGGCUGAACAUUAACCCCAUCAACGGGACUGUGGACACCGCCGCCGUGCUGGACCGCGAGUCCCCAUUCGUCCACAACAGCGUCUACACUGCCCUCUUCCUGGCCAUCGACAGCGGCGACCCGCCUGCCACCGGCACUGGGACUUUGCUGAUCACCCUGGAGGACGUGAAUGACAACGCUCCCUUCAUCUACCCGACAGCGGCCGAAGUCUGCGAUGAUGCCAAGAACCUCAGCGUAGUCAUCUUGGGAGCAUCAGACAAGGACCUGCACCCAAAUACAGAUCCUUUCAAAUUUGAAAUCUAUAAGCAAGCUGUUCCUGAUAAAGUCUGGAAGGUCUCCAAGAUCAACAACACGCAUGCCCUGGUAAGCCUUCUUCAAAACCUGAACAAAGCCAACUACCAGCUGCCCAUCAUGGUGACAGAUUCAGGGAAACCGCCCAUGACGAACAUCACAGACCUCAGGGUACAAGUGUGUUCCUGCAAGAAUUCCAAAGUGGACUGCAACGCCGCGGGGGCCCUGCACUUCAGCCUGACCUCAGUCCUGCUCAUCUCCCUCUUCAGUUUAGCUUGUCUGUGAGAACUCCUGACAUCUGACGCUUGACUACCAAGUUUCCAUAGCAACAGGAAAAAAAAUCCAAAUCGGAAGAUUGCCGUUUACAGCUUUCGAACUUCACAACUAGGCCUCAAUUGCUCCAGAUUUUCCUUUUCUUUGCCAUUUCACUUAGUCUGUACUUCACCAUUUUGACCGCAUCUUCCUUUCUCCUUUGAUUAAUGGGAUUCUCUGAAUUUCCCCUGAGUGUUUCAAGAUCAUGGCAUUUCACGUGCCCUCCGGGAGCAGGAACAAUGACUACUUUUUCUGAUGUGUUGCCACAUUGCUAGUCAGCAGUCCACACCUCCAGCUGUGUCUGUGGGUUAGUAUCUGUAUAUGUAUGAGUAUCUGUACGUGUACAUAUCAGUAUUUAUAGAGCGAGAUGAGAUAGGACAGCCCAGUUUUGGUGUGUCAUUCUCCCUUGAGAGGCUAAACAAAAAGGGAUGGAGGCCGGCAGCUGACCUCCCCCAUCACCCCCCACCCCUGCACCAGGACCUCAGCAGCAAGCUGGGCAUUAGCGCAGACCAGAGCUGAUGCUUCCCCACUGUCCCAUUCAGUCUGGAUGCUGCCACGACCAGCAGGCAGGUCUGGAGAGAGAGAGAGAGAGAGAGAGAGAGAGAGAGAGAGAGAGAGAGAGAGAGAGAGAGAAGAGAGAGAGAGAGGCCUUUCUCUUCACCUGAGGGCUACACCCAGUUUUCACUGCCAUCAUAUGCCACGAUUCUGAGCAAAAGUGGUGGGGAGCAGAGCAGGAAAUGUUACCAUCAAAUGCCGAGCAAAGGGCUGAAAUAUUCGUCCCUGGGCACCUGUCUGCAUUUGUAUGUGUCCUAAAUCCACAGUCCCCCUCUGGACGUAGUUCUUAUGGGGACACGGAUCAUGGCAGAGAACCCCUCCCUCCUCGGUACAUUUGCAAUUGCAAGUGUCAUCCUGGAGGUCACACGUGCAUAUGAAGAGGCUGACAGAUACCACGUGUAUACAUAUACUAGUACAUGCCCACAUGUAUAGACAUACACUUACGCGCAUACACGCCGUUUGUUUCAUAUACCUGCAUAAAAUAGAGUAAAUACAGGUAGUUUUAAAAGUACCCUUCUGUGUGAAUCGACUACAGUUGUUUGCAAACCUACAAAUAAAAGACGUUCGUUAUGUUUGAAACGUAAUUGAUUUUAAUUCUGUGAGCAUGUCAACGUAAGAGGAAAGUUAGUGCUUGUACUAAGAUUAUCUUCUUGUCGAUAAACUGUAAAUGAACCAUCCAAGCUCACACCAAAUUUUUCUAUCAGAUAAAACUAGUGACAGCCUGUGGCUUUUUACUAGAGUUCGCCACAAACUAGGGUAAGUGUCUUAGCACAUUUUAAUGCAGUUGCUCACUAAAGGUUUUAACCACACACGCACACACGCUUUCUUAUGCAGUCUCUGUUGGCAUCUGUGCUUUUCCGUUCGCCUUCUGUAGGAAGUAGAAGUCAUAUGUUGUCUUUAUUGUAGUAAAAUUAUACAGAUAGAGUUCCAUAUAUUGUAUUUGUUUCAACAGUAAAUCUUUUGGAGCAUAUAGAAUGCAGAGAUUUUUUUUUUCUCCAUUGAAAUAAAUGGGUAUUGGUGGUUAAAA